AUGAUUGCACGAACAGAGGAAUAUCGACCAUGGCUCGUCCAGAAAUAUGGCGGCACCAGUGUUGGCAAGCUGCUGGACACAAUUACAGAGUCUAUCAUUCCACAAUACCGGCAAGACUACAACGUCGCAGUUGUUUGUUCGGCGCGUUCUAGCGCAAGCAAGUCAGCCGGUACAACGAAUCUCCUCUUAAGGGCCCUAGCUUGUGCCGUCUCAGAGGAGGCGAGAGGAGCCGAUUUCGACGAGGUUGUUGAUGUUAUCCAAAGUGAACAUCUGUUGGUUGCAGAAUCCCUGCCCAGCGACGGUGCUCUCCAAUCCGCCUCAAAGCUCAUUCAGCAGCUGCGACAGAACAUUGUCGAAGAAUGCGAGGCCUUGAGAAAAUUCUUACGGGCCACUCGGGUCAUUGGUGAAGCCUCCGACAGAACGCAAGAUAGGGUGCUUGGUGUUGGAGAAAAGCUUUCCUGCUUGGUGGUUGCGGCCGCGUUGUCACUCAGAGGCGUGGAAGCAGAGAUGGUGAACCUGGAAAACAUUGUCCAAGUUGCGGACAAGCGUUCGACUCGUGAACAGCAAGCAGCCUACAAGCAAAACCCUAUUCUAUUCCUUCAGGGACUUCGAGACGCUGUCAGAGACGCAAUCCUCCAGUGCUCUGCGUCGGGGAAAGUGCCAGUCGUUACGGGGUUUUUCGGCUCCAUGCCACAUUCGCUACUCCAUACCGUCGGCCGUGGAUAUUCAGACUUGUGUGCUGCGCUGUGUGCGGUCUCAUUAGACGCUGAGGAGCUCCAAAUAUGGAAGGAGGUCGCUGGUAUCUUCACAGCCGACCCUACGAAAGUAUCAACAGCCAGAGUCCUGCCCAUGAUCACCCUGGAGGAGGCGGUCGAGUUGACAUAUUACGGCAGUGAGGUGAUCCACCCUCUGACGAUGUCGCUUCUAAACAAGGAAGACAUCAACCUGCGCUUGAAGAACGUGAAGGAUCCUGCCGGCGCCGGCACUGUGGUCUACUCGACAACGCCUGGCUCGAGUCCCGUGCAGACACCCAGUUCUACGGAGAUGGAGAUCAGCCGGUCAUUAUUCAUGACUUCGAAUGGAUACUACGGCAAAGACCAGGCUAAACGAGUGCCUACCGCCAUUACAACGAAGGAUUCAAUCACUCUCGUCAACAUCACUUCGAACGGCAAGCUGCCUCCACAAGCAUUCCUUGGUCAGGUUAUCGGGAUUCUUGGACAGCAUCAGCUCUCCGUCGACCUAGCGAGCAGCAGCCGUCAGUCACUCAGCCUAGCGGUAUCGGCCUAUGGAUUGGUGAAUGUCUCUGACGCGAUCGAUCAAGCCCUCCCCGACCUCGAAGAAUUUGGCACAGCAACCAUUGUGCCGAAAAUGUCCAUCAUCUCGGUGGUCGGCCAUAAAAUGAGAAACAUGGUCGGAAUCGCAGCGGAAAUCUUCUCGGCUUUGGCAAGUGCUCGCAUCAAUAUCCGUCUGAUUUCGCAAGGAGCGAGCGAGAUCAACAUAUCGUUCGUCGUCAGGACGCAAGAUGCGUUACUGGCGAUGGAGGUCAUCCACUCGCAAGUCAUGCAAAUUCCUGGACACGUGGAGCGCGAGAUUUCGCUCAUAACAGGUCCAUGGCUUUACUGA